AUGGCUGAUUCUUUCGAAAGUACUGAGCCCCUUGAUCUUAUAAAAUCUCUUUUGGACGAGACCAUUGUCGUCAAGUUGCGUGGUGCCAGAGAAAUCAUCGGGAAAUUACAUGCAUACGAUAGUCAUUGUAAUAUGGUGUUGGGUGACGCUACAGAAACAAUAUAUCAGAUCAACGAUUCGACCAAGGAAAUCACCCCAAUAGAGAAAAAACAAUCAGAAAUGAUUUUCGUUAGAGGCGAUUCGGUAAUUUUAUUUUCUUCUCCUGACCUUGAUGGAUGA